AUGUCCGAAGGCCGCGAGAGAUAUUCUUUGCGGCAGACGCCCAAAAAGACGGAACGUGCUGGCUUCGUCGAGACUCCAAGAAUCCGUCGUCAACGAAAGUCGCAGUUUCCCGAAGACGCAGACGACUCUUCAUCCACAACAGAUAAUCCACCGUCAAGGGUGAGAUCCUCGAGUCGGAAAGUGAACAUGGUCGAAGCAGCAACAGCCAACGACCACUCCAGCAAUGGUUCGAUAACCAAUGGCUAUACUUCUGCGGUCAAUGACUCUAACACGAAUGGGUCAUUGAAGAAGGGCAGCGCAAAAGUCGAGAAUGCGAUCGAACAAAAGGUAGUCAAUGGCAAGUCAGAGGUCUCGCAAGAUCCCAAGAUCGAUACCUCGGGUCAUUUCGAUUUUGGUGGUUCUUUUGGCGUUAGUGCUAUGAUGAUUGGCUUUCCUUGCCUCAUGUGGUAUAUGUGGAUUGGAGCAACAUACUACAAUGGAAAAUUUCCCACGCCGGAACCAGGUCAGGAGUUCCUCGAUUUUGUCAAACAUAUGGGUCAUCUUGUUUAUACGGGGGCAUUUCCAAGCCUUCGUGCGUGGAAAAUCUACUGGGUUUUCUUCGUCUUUGAAGCUAUCAUGUAUUGUCUCAUGCCAGGAGUCUGGGGUUAUGGAAAACCACUACCCCAUGAGGGAGGCAAGCAAUUGCCAUACUAUUGUUCCGGAAUCUGGUCUUUUUAUUUUACCUUUAUCACUGCUGGCGUUUUGCAUUACUUCGACAUAUUCAAGAUCUAUACUCUUCUUGACGAGUUCGGGCCUAUCAUGUCCGUGGCAAUUUGCUCUGGAUUUUUGGUUUCAACUGUUGCGUAUGUGUCGGCUUUGGCACGUGGAGCUCAACAUCGAAUGACAGGGUAUCCAAUUUAUGACUUCUUCAUGGGAGCCGAAUUGAAUCCAAGAAUGUUCGGUAUCUUGGAUUUUAAAAUGUUCUUUGAAGUUCGUCUACCUUGGUUUAUCCUUUUGGGUCUUUCAUGUGCCGCUGCUGCACGACAAUAUGAGCAAUAUGGCUAUGUAUCAGGUGAAGUUGGAUUCCUGAUCAUGGCACACUUUUUGUAUGCAAAUGCGUGCGCUAAAGGGGAGGAAUUGAUUAUUACAACCUGGGAUAUGUACUACGAAAAAUGGGGCUUCAUGUUGAUCUUCUGGAACCUCGCUGGUGUUCCUCUCAGCUACUGUCACUGCACCAUUUACUUAGCCAAUCACCCACCAUCUGAAUACUCCUGGAACAAGUACUUCCUCUACUUUUUGUAUACGUCAUACCUCUUCGUGUACUGGGUCUGGGAUACUACCAACAGCCAAAAGAAUAUGUUUAGAUCUCGUGAGCGUGGUACUGUCACAGACCGCAAGGCAUUCCCUCAAUUGCCAUGGAAGGAGGUCAUGAACCCCCGCGUCAUCAAAACCAAAACUGGUGAUUCAAUUUUGGCGGAUGGUUGGUACGGAAAGGCUCGCAAAAUCCAUUAUACUUGUGAUUUCUACUUCGCUUUCUGCUGGGGUCUUAUUACUGGCUUCAAUAGUCCAUUCCCUUGGUUCUACUGUGCCUUCUUCGCCGGUAUGAUCUCUCAUCGCGCCUACAGAGACAUUCAGAAAUGCAGAGAGAGAUAUGGAGAAGCUUGGGAGGAAUACGAAAGAUUAGUCCCAUAUUUGUUCAUUCCAGGUGUCUUUUGA